GGGGCCGACUCGGGCUCCGGGAGGCCCUCUACUCUGCGAGCUCUGCCCGGCCCGCGGCGGGACAAGGGCCUGCGCUCACCGGGGCCGAGGGGCUCGGGUGAACGUGGCUCCCACGGGCGGGUUGGGGGAAGGAAGGAAGAAGGAUGAGCAAAGAGAAUCAUGAGGAAGGAGGGAAAGGAAAUUUAACCCUCUCAGAAGUAUACUGUGGAACCAAAGAAGGCAAACCACCAAGGGUCAUCUGAAAUUGUGCUUGGCUUACUGAUAAUCCCGGACCAAAUUAGAGAUCACUACUUGAGCAUAAGCCUACACCCCCAGUUUUCCUAAGACUGCUACAAAGAUGUUUGACAUAAAGGCUUGGGCUGAGUAUAUUGUGGAAUGGGCUGCAAAAGACCCAUAUGGCUUCCUUACAACAGUUAUUUUGGCCCUUACUCCACUGUUCCUAGCAAGUGCUGUACUGUCCUGGAAAUUGGCCAAGAUGAUUGAAGCCAGGGAGAAGGAGCAAAAGAAGAAACAAAAACGUCAAGAAAAUAUUGCAAAAGCUAAACGACUGAAAAAGGACUGAAGGAAUGAAUAGGCUCUGCAACCAGAGAAAAAUCAUUUGGAAAUUAUUCAGCUUUGGAAGGACUCACUAAGGUUUCUUUGAAUUUCAUGAUAGUAUUAUUUAGUAAAUGAAAUCUGACCAUGUAGAAGAAUCAUGUUAGUUUUGACCUCAGUACUGUAGUUUAGGCUUGGGUAUAGAAGUUUGUUGGUAUUUACUGGCAAUUAUUAUAAAUAAGCAUUUAUUACACAGGUUGAGUAUCCCUAAUCAGAAAAUCCCAAACCCCAGAUGCUCCAAAGUCCAAAACGUUUUGUUCACAAACAUGAUCCACAAGUGGAAAAUUCCAUACCUGACUUCUUGAAGGGUUUCAGUCAAAACACAAGUACACUAAAAAUACCAUAUAAAAAUAUCAUAUAAAAUUACCUUCAAGCUAUACAAAACAGAUGAAUUUUUGUGUUUAGACUUAGGGUCUAUCCUCAAGAUAUCUCAUGUAUAUGCAAAUAUUCCAAAAUCUGAAAAAAACAAACACUUCUAGUCCUAAGCAUUUCAGAUACGGGAUACCCAACCUGCAAAUUCUUAAAAACAUAAGUGACUUAAGUUAUUUGCCAUUGUAGCUUUUGUACUGAAAUGAAAACAUCCUAUGGAGAAAAAUGAGUUUAGAUUAUGAACUUUAUUCAAAUAGUGGCUUAAAAUGGGAUCCUGUUCUGGACAAAGAAUGUUAAGAAUAUAAAAGAAUUAUCCUCUCUAGGUGAAAAGUUUGCUUUGGCUUAAAGGAGAUACAGUAUAUUAAUCACAUCUUUUAUCAUUAUUGCUUAUUCCUUGGAAUGUAAUCGUUUUUGGAUUUCUCAAAGUAAAGUAGUAUUAAUCAGUGAGUACACAGGUCUAUUUUCUUCAUUUUUUUCUGAUUUUAGCCUUUGAGACAACUGGCAAUUAUCAAGACAUUCUCAUUUUUAAAACCUAAUUUUAUAAAGAAUUCUCUUGUGAAUACUACCUUCUGGUUUUAACAGUUUUUGUACUUAUGAACACUGCCAUUUUCUUAAGAGAUGAGUUGUUGAGAAGAAUAACACUGAUUUAAAGCUUGCAGUAAAAAUGCCAAAUGCUGUAAUAUCUUGGAACCUGUUUAUUUUUGUGUUAAUUUAGAACACUGAAGUAGAUAAAAAGUUUUGUCAGAUAAUUUGUUGAUUAUAUAGAUGGCAAUUUUGGUUUUAUUCCAUUCUUCAAUAACUCAUAGGGAGUGAUGUCCUGUACUUCUUGAUUCAACAAGUUUGAGGUGAAAACUAAAAUUCGAUAUUUCUUUUACAAAGUUAGUUUAUAACAGCUGUCAUAAGUUCUUAAAUAGUAAAGAAAGGCUUAAAAUUUGGGAAGAUUUUGUUGGGCAUAAUAAUAAUUGCACAAUAGGAUAAAUCAUUCAAAAUGAGAGUGGUAUAGUUGGAAGUACAGAGUUAAAGGAUCUUUCAGUUAAGUAGUAUAACUGGAACUUGUGACUUUUAAACAUGGCUUUUCUAAAUGCAUGGUCUAGUAAUCUUAUUCACUGUAUUUAAUAGCUUAUUAAUGUUUCUGCACCUCUGAUAAUGAAUUUUAGGUUAUAUAAUUGUCCAACAGCUCUAAUUUAAAAAUGAAACCAGAUACUGAAAUAAAUUUGAUACUUUUAUAAGA